AUGGCUGCUUCGCCGCGCAUUCUCGUUACAGCUGCCACUGGCAACAUCGGCGGCACCAUCCUCAACACCCUGGUUCGCGCCUCCGACCCCGUGCUAAGCAGGUCUCCUAUCUUUGCGCUGGUCCGCGGCCAAGACCGCGUCGCUGCCUUCAAGGCGGCCUAUGGCGACCGCGUCCAGGUGGUAUUUUUGGAGGAUCUCGAAGACUCCAAGGCCGUCACGGCUACCGCUGCGCAGUACGACAUCAUCAUCAACUCCGCACCGGGCUUCCACCCGACCUUUGCGCUGAACCUGCUCGAAGGUCUGGCUCAACGCAAGGCGUCGACCGGCCGCGAUGCCUGGCUCGUCCAUACCUCGGGCACCUCUGACUUCUCCGACCAGCCAAUCACCGGCAAGUACGUUGAGAAGGCCGGCGACCGCGAGUUUGACGAUGCCAAAGAGGACCUCUACGAGUACCACAAGGAGCGUGAGGCCCUUAACAACUAUGCCCAGCGGGCUGUGGAAGUGGCUGUUGUUGGCAAGGGUCUGGAGCUCGGCAUCAAGACGGUCGUCAUAACGAGCCCUACCACCUUUGGAACCGGCACCGGUCUGUUCAGCAAGCUCAGUAUCCAAGUUCCGGCUUAUCUGCAGCUUACUCUACUUGCUGGCCACGGCAUCGUCGUCGGCGAGGGCAAGGCUGAGUGGGACCAUGUCCAUAUCGAGGACGUCGCCGAUCUUUACAAGAUCGUGCUCGUGAACAUCUUGGAGGAUGGGGCCAAGAACGUGCCCUAUGGCGCCAACGGCAUACUGUUCACUGCAAACGGCCGACACACUUGGAAGGAGGUUGCGCAGCUGGCCGCGGACUCAGCCUUCGACGCUGGCAAAAUCUCGGACAAGCUGGUUCAUGCUGUCGAACUAGACGAGUUUACCAAGCUUCUUCAAAAGCUCAUUCCAUUCGCCGACGCAGACUUCGCCGAGUUGGCCUUUGCCAGCAACUCUCGCGGUGUCGCAAACGUGGCCAGACAGCUUGGCUGGAAGCCGACACGGGGCGAGAAGGAGUGGAAGCAAGACUUCAACGACACCUUCCAGAUGAUCAUGGCCAAGCAGCAGUGA